AUGAGCGACGGAGCGGCAAUGGACGAGCAUUUCGUCGAGGGAGAUAGGGAGAGUAGUGUCGUGGACAACCAUGGAAGCGGAGUCGCCUUCGCCGGCGCCAACAGGUGGCAGUUCGUCUUCUCCAUCGGACCGAUGGUGACUAACGACGACGACGCGAAUCUGGAAAAUGACGACAAACAAGGCGGUGUCGAGGAAGUCGGAGAUUGGACGGAGGAGGUCGAUGGUGGAGGGAAGAUGGAGGUCGCCCUGGUGGAGGGAAGAUGGAGGUCGUGGCGACGGAGGGUUAAAGAAGAUGACUGGCGGCGAAAUGGGGAUGAGUUGGUGUUGCGGGGGGUUCUUUGCCGAGAGUGGUGCAGCUUCCGAUCUGUUGGUGCCGGGAACGUCGGUGGUGCGCUGCGGUUAUCGGAGCUUCAGCCUACACAUCCAAAGUUUUCGGUCUACAAGAAACGUGGAAUGGCGCCGCAGCUGUUGAAGGAUUUAGCAACUCAUUCUCGAAAAUGGAUCAUUCAAUGUCGUGUCUCUCGGAAGUGGAUCGCAACUAACUGCAACUCAGGAAAAGUUCUGCAUUUGGACAUGGUGCUCAUCGAUUCCGAGGGAUCAGACAUUUGGGCAAUGGUUCCUCCACUGUUGAUUCCGAAAUUUGAAUCCAGUCUAAUAGAACAAGAAGUGUAUGAGAUUAGGCAUUUCAAGGUUGCAAUGACGAAGAACACAUUUAGGCCUGUUCCUAAUCGUCUGAUGAUUGAGUUUGAUGCUGCCACAUUAGUCCAGCAUAUCAAAACAGUGUCGCCAAUACUUGCUUAUAAGUUCUACUUUCUCAAUCAUGCUGCUAUGAUGAAAAGGUUGUACGAUAAGAAGAACCUUUCAGGUAGAGUGUUCUUUCUUUUGUUCUUCAUUGCCAAUCCAGGGGAGAUGGUGAAAGUCACUUUGUGGGGGAGUAUUGGGAAGCAAUUAGAAGACAUCAUCUCUCGCAAUGAACGGACAGCUGUCAUUCUGACCAUUACCUCUGUGUUUGUCGAUGAAUUUAAAGGAGCAACUCAGUUGAAGGCCAACUUGGAUAUUCCAGAGGUGCUUGAGUUUAAGGCAAGGGACACAAAUCUGCCAGCACCUGUGCUGCUUCCUGAAGUACCAGCUCCCGAGAUUCCAAAAAUUUCACUAGCUCAACUAAAUGAUUUCAAAAGCAAUGAAGCACAGACUGACAAACUAUUUUCGGUUGAAGGAAAGGUGACUCAAGUGCGUCCUAAUUGGUGUUACAUGGGCUGUGUUGCAUGCCCGCGGAAGGUGGAGGAGGAUCUGGAGGAGUAUUUUUGUGGCCACUGUAAGACAACAUCUUCCAUUGCUAAAGCAAAGUAUAGAGUUAAAUUCCAGCGGGAAGAUAGUUUUGGAGAGGCUGAUUUUGCCAUCUUGGAGCAUGAAGGGCUGCGCUUUUUUGGAGUAAUGGCUGAUGAGUUAUUCCAAUCAAACCAGAGGAACAAAGAACCUCUUCCGCCCCAGAUUCAUCAGAUUGUAAACAUGACACUGAAGCUAACUGUUAAACUAACUGAGUUUAACAUCAUGAACCCGCAAACUGAGAUCUCUGUGGUCAGCAUUGACCAUGAUCCUCUUCAGCAACUCAAUAAGGAUCUGUGUGCAAAGGACCUUGGAGGAGUAACCUCAGUUGGAGAGAAAAUGGAAGCUGCACUUGAUUGUGAGGCUGACGAUCAAAAGUAG